AUGAUCGGCGAACAAAAUAUCGCCGUCAAUGGCAAUCAACUUAAAAACAAGAAACUCAAUUCGUUAUCGAACCAAACAGAUUGCCCCAUGCGUUGGCUAGAGAAGGACGAAGAGGCCGAGGAGGAGGAGGAGGAGCCAGAGUGGCAACCGGAUCUGCAUCUUUCCGUUUCAAACAAAAUCUCUUCAGUGGGCGCCUUCGAGCCGGACUUUGUCAUACCAUUGGAGAAUGUGACAGUGGCCCAGGGACGGGAUGCAACCUUUACCUGUGUGGUCAACAAUCUGGGUGGUCAUCGGGUGAGUGGUGACGGUGCGUCAGCCCCAGCAAAGGUUGCCUGGAUUAAGGCCGAUGCAAAGGCAAUUCUGGCCAUCCAUGAGCAUGUGAUAACCAACAAUGAUCGAUUAUCUGUAACACACAAUGACUACAACACAUGGACAUUGAACAUACGUGGCGUCAAAAUGGAGGAUGCCGGCAAAUACAUGUGUCAGGUCAACACAGAUCCCAUGAAAAUGCAAACAGCCACACUGGAGGUGGUUAUACCACCGGAUAUUAUUAAUGAGGAAACCUCUGGCGAUAUGAUGGUGCCCGAAGGGGGCUCUGCCAAACUAAUAUGCCGUGCCCGUGGACAUCCAAAGCCAAAGAUCACAUGGCGUCGUGAAGAUGGCAGGGAGAUUAUAGCACGCAAUGGGGUGCAUCAAAAGACGAAAGCUCAAGCAGUUGAGGGCGAAAUGUUAACUCUUUCAAAAGUCACGCGAUCGGAAAUGGGUGCCUAUAUGUGUAUCGCCUCGAAUGGAGUGCCGCCAACAGUGAGCAAACGAAUGAAGCUACAGGUGCACUUUCAUCCUUUGGUGCAAGUGCCAAAUCAAUUGGUCGGCGCUCCGGUCCUAACGGAUGUCACAUUAAUUUGCAAUGUCGAAGCAUCGCCAAAGGCCAUCAAUUAUUGGCAGCGUGAGAAUGGUGAAAUGAUCAUUGCUGGCGAUCGUUAUGCCCUAACGGAGAAGGAGAACAAUAUGUAUGCCAUUGAAAUGAUUUUACAUAUAAAACGAUUACAAUCGAGCGAUUUUGGUGGCUAUAAAUGUAUAUCAAAGAAUAGCAUUGGCGAUACUGAAGGCACCAUACGACUAUACGAAAUGGAGCGUCCUGGCAAGAAAAAUUUACGUGAUGAUGAUUUAAAUGAGGUAACGAAAAACGAAGUGGUACUUAAGGAGAAUCGUCACGAGGAUGGUUCACGCAAUCAAAAUGGUCGUUUAUAUAAGGACCGCAACCAAGAUGCGGAUACUGGCAGCGGAGCUGACCCAGUGGCAACAACAACAACAAUAGCACGAACAAUGCAACUAAUAAAGACAUUUCUAUUAGCCUUAUUGGUACUAAUGGCAACAACAUUGCGUACAAGAAGAAGCAUAACCACAAGAGCGACAACAACAAAAGCAAUGUAUUGUUAUGGCAGACAAAGGCCGCCGGCAGCAACAAGAACAAAGUUAAAUGAAAACUCAAUGAGAUCAAGGACAACAAUAAAGCCGGAUGCGACGGGCGAGCCCCAUGAACAUGAACAUGGGUAUGAGGUGGUAGCAAUUGGCCGGAAUAGUAAUAACAAACGGCGAUUAUUAUUAUAGCUUAAUUAAAUUGUAAUUAUACGAUAGCCACUGAAAAAGAAAACGCAUACACAAAUACUCACACACACACACACACACGCAUAUAGAGAAAGUGAGGGAACCCCAGAGAAAUGGCUACAUGGGCAGCUCAUCAUAAUCAUCAUCCCCAACACGGAGGGAAAGAGAGUUGGGGGAUAAAAAACAAUUCCGAACUCAAAUCAUUCUCAAACUUAAGCAUUGCUAAUCAAGUUUUCGGUGGUUUAGUGUGAAUGAAUGUUUCAGACAAAAAAGAAAAGAAAGAAAAAACCACCAUAAUAAUAAAAUGCAUACGGAAAUACGAUAAAACGAACUAAGAAAAUUAAAAAAAAAAUA